AUGCCAGAUAGACUGGAUGUACUGACUGGUUCCUGUAUACAAAUCCCAUGUACAUGUAAUAUUCUUGACAAAAAUAAGUAUACAUUUAACAGCACAAUACCAACCUUUGGAGUGUGGAUUAAAGAAAGCCCAGACUUUGGUUUGCAUCCGGACAAUGUGAUAUUUAACAGUAGUGAGACGGUCAACAGAUAUCAAGGGAAGAUAACUGGAAACAUGUCCCAGAAGAACUGCACCACAGUCUUCUUCAAUGUAACCACCAGUUACACUAAUAAAUACUUCUUCAGGAUUGAGAGUCAACCAUUCCGUGCAACAGACACUGAAAAGUCUGUUGAUAUAGUUGUCUGGGAUUUGCCUUCCAGUCCCAUCAUUACUGUCUCAGGUGAGAUGAAGGAAGGGACCCCUGUCAGUUUGAACUGCUCUGCUAUCGCACCCUGUCCUGAACACCCCCCUGAACUGACAUGGACUCUCCCAACACAGUUCACAACUGAGAACCAACUGCAGGAGAAUCCAGACCAAACCAAAUCAGUUCUCUCCACGGUGACCUUCACUCCGUCAUACCUUCAUCAUGAGAAGAACAUCACUUGUACUGCAGUCUACCCAGUAGGGGCAAGCAACAAGACAGCUGAACAUAACAUGAUGCUUAAUGUUUCAUUCUCUCCUAAGGACACCUCAGCCUCCAUCAGUCCAGCUGAUCCAGAAUCAGUGGGCAGCUGUGUUAAUCUGACGUGCAGCAGUACAGCCAACCCUCCUGUGACAAACUUCACCUGGUUCCAGAUCAGUGGAGAUAAACCAAUACAGGUAGCAACUGGACUGCAUUACUCCCUCAAUGUGACUGCUGUUGAUGGAGGACUGUACUUCUGUGAAGCAAGAAAUAGUCACGGCUGUGGGAAGUCUAAUGACGUGCAGCUGGCUAGUAAAGGGCCAGAGGAGCAUAAUAACUCAAUGGUUUUUUGGGUUGCAGCAGGAACUCUGGCGGCCUUUUUGUUUAUCAGCCUGAUCAGUCUUUUUAACUUCCCGGUUGGGACAGUGUGUGCUAACCAGGCCACAGCCGGAGAGGAACCAGAGGAACGUGCAGAAGACCAGUCUGAAGAGAUCCACUACGGUGACAUAGACUUCUCCAAACUACAGACCAAAGAGACCCCAGCUGCAGCCCAGGACAGGGUCCAGGGACAGGAGAGUGAGUACGCUGAAGUCAACGUGACCAGGAGAGGGGCCCAGGAACCACCUCUUAACAACCUAGAUGGACUUUAUGCACAAGAGGGAGCCAGUGACCUGCAGGUCCUGGGCAGCAAGGAGGACAUGGGCUCCCUCUACGAAGGUCAAACAAAAACACUCUUCGACCUGCCCAAGGUCUUCUGGGAGAAGGAGACCCAGGAGCUGAGGGUGUACUUUACCCAGCAGAUGGGAGCCGACCUCCCCCAACAGGUGGAAGGAAAGCUGAAGGCUCUGGAGGACAGGGUCUUCUGGGAGAAGGAGACCCAGGAACUGAGGGUGUACUUUACCCAGCAGGUGGGAGCCGACCUUCCCCAUCAGGUGGAGGGAGAGCUGAAGGCUCUGGAGGACAGGAUCAGUGAUUGA